CAUUAUUUUUUUGGCUUAAUAUUCAAUGGCAGAACAGAGGCAACCAUUCCGCUUCCGACUCCCUUGGCUGCCAGCACCUGCGGCUCCACGUCCAAUCCCAACACCAACUCCAGCACAGCCAGCCCCAACCCAGUCAGCCACCGCAGCUCCCAUUCUGCGGCCUCCAUUUCGGCCUCCAGGGAUAGUCCAGGUACAGCCACCUCCUCCUCCUCCUCCUCCCCCCCAAGAUCAAGCACAAGCAGCACCGAGGACAGAGUCUGAGGUACAAUCACCACCUUUGGCAGCUGUACGAUCACCACCUUUGGCAGCUGCACGAUCACCACCUUUUGUAGCUGCACGAUCACCACCCUUUGCAGCUGCACGAUCACCACCCUUUGCAGCUGCACGAUCACCACCUUUUGCAGCUGCACGAUCGCCACCUUUGGCAGCUGCCCGAUCACCAGUCACUUCUCAGCCAACAUCACCAACUCGAGCAGAAUACCAAUUCCGGACUGGCUCUGUGCCUUCAUCCCCAUCUCGUGGGCCCUCUCAAUAUGCUGGGCCCACAUCCUCACAGCCCACUUCUCCAUCUCGGACAGCUACUCGGGUGCCACCAACAAGUCAAGUUGUAUCCCAGCCUGCAUCUCCGUCAAGGAGAUUACAAUCCAGCAUUCAAGAGAGCUCCCAGGCUCCUCCCACUUACAGGAGACCCCAAACACUGGCCACCGGGCCAGAAGAGAUGAAGCCAGCAGUGUCUCAGAUGUGGUCGCAAGAGCCUCAAACAAAGGCACAGAUCACAACCGAGACUCCCAAGUCCCAGGACCAAAACAUGCUUGGAACCACCGUGGUGGUGGCAGCACCAAAGGCUCCUGCCCCACCUCAGAAAUCAGAUUCUUCUACCUUAAUUGAUGAUGCAAAGCCCGUCGGAGAAUAUGAUCAAAUAUCAAAAGCGUCUCAGGUAGACACGCAAGAACCUCAAUCAAAGGCAGAAAUACCAUCUUGGACUCUUCCAACCUCACGGGUGGUAGCACAGCCUUCACAGGCUCCAGGUACUGUAGCAGCAGCACUACCAACAUCUGCAGCAAUAGAGACGCCUUCCGGACCUCAGAAGCCAGAUUCUUAUGCUGUUACUUCUGUUUGGAAGCGCUUUUCAUCAGGACCAAAGUCGGAGGAGACUGAAGAAAGGAAGAAAGUAGAGCAAGAACUCAUAAAAGAAGAGAAGACCGAUGGCCUAGCUUAUGAGACACCACAGACUGUCACAUUUCCAGGUGUACAAAAGCAGCCGGGGAAGCGAGAGAUUCUUGACAGAAAAGAGAUAUUGUUGACUUCUGGUUCCAGUGGAAAACAGAGUAAGAUGGUGAUUUCAACACAUCCAAAGGAUCGGAGCCCAGUAAGUGAACCCCGUCCAAAGCCUGCUACAUUCAAUGGGGAACGAGCAUCCCUGCACAAAGAGAUAAGAGAAGAUAUCUCCAAAUUUGUUCAUAAGCUGACCACCGGGCACCCAAAACAACCAAUGGACGAAAAGCCAAUUAGUAUCACAAACCUAGUUGGUGAAAACAGAGGAGCAUCAAUGCACUUUGUUCCUGAGUCAGCAAAGAAAGAUGCAUCGCUUCACAUUCAUAGGGGCUAUAAGGCCAACACAGAUGAGGGCGGCGUUGAGAACAUUGAAGGAGAAGGAAGUUCCAGGGAAGAUUCAAUGAUCAAAGAAGUUGAGGCAACCAAAGCAUAUAUUAACAGCAACGUACAGAGCAUCAAUAACUCCUUCUUUUGUGAUGCUGCUGUUACAGAAAGGAAUCCUGGUGUUCAGUUGGGUAUCUCAUGUACCCCGACAGCACAGGUGAAGUUUGGUUGUAAAGAAGAGCCCCUAGAGGCACACAAGGCCGAAUUCAGUGUUACCCCUUCUCAAAAGCUGACGUACGAGCCUGUCAUCAAGAGACGAUGCCUCAGAGGCCUCUUCUUGGAAUCAAGCGAUUCUGACCCAGACAAUCCAGAAAAGCCUAAGCGUCAUGGCUGCCGCUAUAACUCUGGGGAGAAGAGCAAAGGCAACAAUACAGAUGUUGUGUGACAAAGUAAGUUACAAUUGCAUAUUGGCUCCUGCCAGGCGGCAAGGUAAAAAAAAGGUAUGAAAUAAUGUUAAUACUCACAAUAAAGCAAGAAUGAGGAUGCUAUAUCAUCCACAAAGUCAUACUUUAUUUAUGUUCUGCUCUUGCAUGCUUUGCUAAAGAACAUGCUGCAGGGCAAUUUGCGUGUAUAUAUCAAAAUAAAUUACAUGUGUUUUCAAAUAUACAGCUAAUAAGAAAUCAUUUUGCUAC